UUGGAAAUUGCAGUCCAUGUGGAGUCGCUUUGUCAUUUCAAACUCAAAAUUAUACAUUUCUUUCCAUAACCCCAUGUAUCUCUUUACAAUUGCCUCACAUUGUAUCUCUCCAUCUAUUUUUGAUCUGAGUCCAUCUGCAACACAUUUUCUCCACACUUAUCUCAAGCUCUGAUUUCUUUCGUACACUCUCUUCCUUCUCCCUACAUUUAUCCUCUGUUCGGUUUUUCAAUCGCUCUGUCGGUGUAACAAUCUGAUGCCCUCUGUUUAUUUCCUCUCCCCCUCCGUUUCUCCCUGUCGGAGCGCUGUAUGGAGCUCUUGGCCUCUAUUUACCUCUGACAGCCCCCGUCUCUGUCUGCCUGUCUGUCUGUCUGCUAAGGAUGGGGACACUCUCUCUGUGCCAAUGAGCGCUUUGCUGUGUGCAGGUGUCAGAUUCCGUCAGAGGGGUGUGGACGCGCCGGGUAGCAGACGGAGUUCGCUCGCCAUCCGCAGCAUCAUGUCUCUAGCUGCAUCCCUGUGAAGUAUGGGCUCACCAUCCGCGGCGGAGCGGGGCAGCAGCAAGAAAGGCAGCGACAAGCCGGACGAGAGCCCCCUGGUCCCGGGACAGCAGCCGGACCUCGCCAGCCCCUGGGACGGGCACCUCUUCCUCUGGGACUGGGCCAGGAGGCCAGCUCGCAUGGGAGACGGAGCGCUGCUCAGCCGGGACCGGAGCCGAUCGCGUUAAGGAGGCACAAACCCAUCCCCACUCCCCCCUUCCCCCUGCCCCUUCCAAACCCCCCACCAAUCCCCCAGGGUCCAAGCCGGAGCCAUGGCGGCUCUCUGGCUGCAGGAGUUCCAGCGGCAGAGCGACCAAGCUCCGCAGCCGUACCCCGGAGAGGAAGCCGAGCAGCAGCCCGGCAGCAAGCGGCCGCCGCCUGGCCCUCUGGCCGGCCUCCUCCUGAUGGAUGAACAUUUGCCGGUGCUGGCGGCCGAGCGCCAAGAGGCUCCGGGCGAGGAGGCAGCCGCUCACCCGGGCAUCGAGGAGCUGCUCUGUCAGCUCCGGCAGAAGGACAGCGACCUGAUCCUGGCGGCCAAGCUGGGCAAAGCGCUACUGGAGAGGAACCAGGAGCUCAGCAACCAGUUCGAGAUGAUGCAGAGGGAGCUCACUGACAAACUGGAGCAUCUGGAACAAGAGAAGCACGAAUUGCGAAGACGAUUCGAGAACCGUGAGGGAGAGUGGGAAGGCCGUGUUGCUGAGCUGGAGAGUGAUCUGAAGCAGCUUCAAGAUGAAUUAGAAAGGCAUCAAGUCCAGUUACGUGAGGCAAACAAGGAGAAAGUAAGAGCGUUAAGGGAACUCUCUGAACAGAACCAACGCCUCCUAGAACAACUCACCAGGGCAGCGGAGAUAGAGCAGCAGCUCUCAAUGCAAGUUCACAAUCUCCGUGAUGAGUUCCAGGAGAAGAGCACCUCAACAAACCAACACGUUGCACGAUUGGAGAGCUUACAGGCUGAGCAGAUUCUAGAAAUAAAGGCACUUACAGAGCGAAAACGCGAACUGGAGCAACGCAUCAGUGCAAUGAUUGAAGAGAAUGAACUAUUGCAGAGCACGAUUGAGGACCUUCAAGACCGAGUGAUGAUGGCAGAGCGACAGAGCCAUAACAAGGACUUACAGCUCCAGCAGAACCAGCUUGAACUCCAUGAAGUACGAAUGUCUCACCGACAGCUUCAAGUGAAAGUUGAUGAAAUGAAUGAGGAGAUGAGUCUACACAGUGUGAGCCCAACAAGUACAUCACUGCUAUCAGAAAUUGAGCAGAGCAUGGAAGCAGAAGAGCUGGAACAGGAGAGAGAACAGCUGCGAAUAGAGCUCUGGGAGGCUUACUGCCAAGUACGCUCACUUUGCUCACACCUGAGAGGAAAUGACAUCACAGACUCUGCACUUUCCACCGACUCCUCUAUGGAUGAAUCCUCUGACACCUCCUCUGCCAAAGAUAUCCCCACAGGGAGCCUUCACACAGCAUUGCAUGAGCUCAAACGCCUGAUCCAGAACAUUCUUGAUGGAAAUGAGUCUACGGUAGUGCUGCUGAGAGUUGAAAUGAAUGCAAUGAAAGAAGAGAGAGACAAGCUGAAGGUGACUUCUGAAGAAAAGGAACUAGACAAGCAGCUUCAGAAAGCUGUCAGCGCCCGGGAUGAAGCCAUAGCAAAGAAGAAUGCAGUGGAAAUGGAACUGGCCAAGUGUAAGAUUGACAUGAUGUCACUCAACAGCCAACUCCUUGACGCAAUCCAACAGAAACUCAACCUCUCUCAACAGCUAGAGGCCUGGCAGGAUGAUAUGCACAGGGUCAUUGACCAGCAGUUAAUGGACAAACAACAGAGAGAGUGUUAUCCGCCAGCUCAAUCCUACCGGAACAGCUGCAGCAUGAGGCACAAAGUCAUCUCCUCGGUGAGACUGGAACGAAAUCGACAAGAGGUCGUUGGGGCAGAAGGGAAAAGUCCCUUCUCAUUUUUCAAGAAGAAUUAACUUUCUUUGUAACUGCUAAAGAGACAAUUGUGGAUUUGGCAGGGCUUCAAGAGAUUCUUUGUACAAAGAGUGUUCCACUGAAUUAGGAAGAAAAUUUGUUCUUCCUGGGCUCAGGCAAUACUUCCAUUCACCUGCAAAAGGGAAGCAGAUUGGUGUAUUAGAGCAAACCCUGGGUGGUCGAACAAGUGAGAUAGCCUUGUCACUGGAGAUGUCCUCACGCUUUUACUGGUGCCCAAAUAGUCUUUGACAAAGGUUCUUGUACAUGGAGUGUUGCACGACCAUACUGUACGUAACAGGUUAAAUCAAAUUGUGUUGAUAAGUUCAAUUAUUCUCUCAAAAAAUUAAAUUUAAAAGAAUGUAAAUGUGCAAGAAAUGAGUUGAAGAAUGUCUGAUUUGAGAAGGACUGGAUGUUUGUAUAAUAUGUUUUGAGAUAGCUGGACUGGUUGCCCUUAAAGAAUUGUAUAAGACAGCAAGCCCAUAUGCAUCCAUACUAAGUAAUGUACAGCACCCUGUGAAUAUUGCACUGCAGAUGAUUCACAUGGAAUACUGCUGCAUAUGCAUGUAUGGUGUGGGCAGUUCACUGUGUGCCUGUGGAAUAUAGUGUUUGUCUGAGUCAUGCCUGUUCAGUAUACCGUAAGAUAAUUCACUUUGCACAAGUUCAGUAUUGAAGUGAAUUUUGUGUUGGUGUAUAAGGUGCUCCAUAAAAUCAUCUUUGCAGAAAGUCUGUGGGUUUUAAGUCACUAUGCGAGUGUAAGGUUGUCUGAAUAUGAAGUAUUGGUCAGUAUAGUCAAUAUUCUACAGUACAUACCUUGAUGGUAGACUCAUGGUGAAUGAUCGUGAAAUAUGUCACAAAUAUUGGAAAAGUGAAAAGUACAAGAGUCCAUGGGAUGUUUGACUGCAGCUGUAAAGAGAAAAGACAGAUUCAUGUUUUCUGUGCAGAUGUAAAAUUAAAACACAGAAGGGAUUGUCACCUGACCCAUUCUGGCUCUUUGUGAGGUGUUGGGUUAACAGGGUACUCAUAUGAGAAAUUGCAGGCAUGUGAUACUGCUAAAAAGGAAAGUUAAUUGACUAAAGAAAUGACUGAACAUCCACAAUUUCCAAUGUAGCUGUCCCGUGGGCAUCCAGUUGCAGAACCAUUAUUAACCUACCCUUUCUCUUUUCAGACAUUGAUGGAAGCAUUGUGUAUUUUGAAGAUCUUCUAUUUAAUUUAACAUUCAGUGAAAGAUUGGAUACAGAGUCCUAUCCAGAAUAGUUGGGUUAUGUCUGUACUGUGUACUAUGGAAUCAUGCAAGCUCGAAUGUAGGUUGAGAUAGCAUACUUUUUGCCUGAUCAGUAUGGAGCAGUGCACUGUAUGUGUAUGAAGUGAUGGACAGCACAAGACUGUUGUGGAAUUAUGUGCAAAUGUGCAAAUUGUAUGGUGUGUUUGAAAUUGCAGACUGUACAAAUCUAGGAACAAAUUAAUACAGUGCACGUUAAUGUUGAGUAAGCGGGUGUCCCUGGAUAGCAGCAUGGGACAGUGCAUUGUGUAUGCUAUGGUCAAGGUCUCUAUGCCUAAACUGUAUAGUGGAUAGAUUGGGAUAACUGAUUGUAUGCCUGUUUGUCAACUGAGGACAUGCAUCAUGUAUUGGAAAGAAUGAGUUUGUUCUUCUCUCUAGAGAGUAGUAUUAGGGGAGUAUUUAUAAUUUAUUAUUGUAAUUAUAGUAGAGUUGUAAUCUGGGAAAAUACACGUGAAUAAUUGUGUGGAGUCAUGUGGUAUGUAUGUGCAUGAUGUGAAUAGUAUACUUUUUGCUUGUGAAGUAAAUUGUGUGACUAUGCACCCUAUGCCUAUAAACCACAUAAUGAUAAACACAGUGCAUUACUACUAGGGUGCUCAAUAGUGUGAGAUUGUCUAUUAGGAGCUGCGUUGAAUGUGCUGUGAACAUACAGAAUGUCAGUGCAUCAUUUCUGUGUCAUAUAUGAUGGAUGUGAUAUGAAACUUCCUAUUUGGUUUUAGAUGUUUGCAGGCAAUUUAAGUCAGUGACCUCUUUGAAUUUUCAUGCAUAACUGCACAUGUGCAGUACUUUUACAGGGACCAACCUGUGUAUCACCUGCGUGGGGAUUUUAGAAUCACUGUGCAGCCUUGCAGAUUUGAGGGUGAAUUGUCUGUGCAAUAUGGUGCUGGUAACACACCUGCCUGCAAUACACAAUAUUAAAUGUACUGUACACCCUGUACAGUACUCUCUCAGUGGUAUUUGAUGAUGCACCAUGAACAGUGUAUUACUGCAUCUGUGCAUCAUCUACCUACACAGUAAAGGAUACUGCACUCUGUAUCUGUGCAGUAGUGUACCACGUGCCUUUCCAGUUGAGUGUGAGUGUGCGCCUGUCUGAUAAUGCGCCAUGUGCAUGUAUAUGUAAGAAUAUAUCCUGCGCAUGUCCACUGUGGUGUGGGCUAGUGUAAUGUGUGCCUCAAGCCUAUAUAGUUCGCUAGUGCACCACAUAUGGUCUGUGAUGGAUUGUCAUGUGCUUUUAUGUUAUAAGAUGUCAUCAUCCAGCGAAUGUCACCUCCCUGUUGUCUUGAGUCUGUUACUUGUGCUUGUGACGUUUACAAUGAGAUUGCGUGGUAUUUGCCUCUGCAGUGUCUAUGGUGCAAUGGCACCACCUGCUGUACAAGAUAGCAUGAGGAAUGGGGUUUGCUAGACACUACAGAAUGGGACAGUGUACUCGGUGCCUAUACGUGAUCGUGGAUUGUUAAUAGUGUGUGCCUAAGUGGUACGGUUGGGUGUUGGAUUUUUGGGGUCUUGUAAACCUAACCUGUGCAGCAGUUUGCCACGUGUCUGUACAAGCAUAGCAUGGUUCUUAGCUGGGAGUGGGGGAGCGCCAUAAUCUAGAUACAGUUCUGGGUGCCUUUGGAAUUGGAAUUGUAUAAGGCACAACAUAGGGUCUUAUGUAGUGUUCACAGGCAGACCAUGUGCCUGAUCAGUAAAAUCACAUGGAGUAGUGUACUGCUCCUCAACAGUACUGUGUGCCUGUGCAAUAGGUUGUGAGUUAUGUUUUAGCUAUCUAUUGAGAGGGAACAGGGGCAGGCUAGUGAAAUACAAAUGGUCAGCACAGUGAAUUUGUGGUUAAACUGGUGGGAUGUAUCACUUGUUCUGCACUCGCUUCGUGUCACUUCAGCUGUAGGGUUUUUUGCACCCACCCCAGCAAUGUAACCUAAAGAUCAAACAUGACAGUGAGCCAUGCAGAGCAGGAAGGUUUAAGGUUCAACCUCUGCACAGUGCUAAACUAACAAAAGUCGGUCAGGAUAGCAGUUGCUGCUUGGCCUUUACCUCUUCCCUGGACUGGGGUAUUAUCAGUUAAUGAUUGCUUUGGUCAUUAAUAUUGAGCUGCUAAUGGAUAAAGCUGAGAUUAGGAUAAAGGCUCAGUUGUGAAGUCAUUCUGGUUUAACUCACCUGUCUGAGCUUGUAGUGAUCAGCACCUUCAGGAGCGGAGAGGGGCGAGGUGGUGAGGGGUGGGGGGGGGGCACCUUCGAAGACUAGAGGAUUAUUUUUCUGUGAAUUUUGAUGGUAAUACUAUUUUGGCUGGACAUUUUACUGUGCAAAACCGGUCAAAGUGAAUGCAACCCCACUCUUACCAUUUGAAAUCUAAGCAAACACAAAAAAAAAUUGUGGAUGCUAAAAUCUGAAAUCAGAAUAGUAAAAGGCUGGAAAAUACUCCAUAGGUCUGGCAGCAUAUUUGGAGAGAGAAACAUCACUCUGUUUCUUUCUCUACAAGUCAAGCGAUCUCCACGGAGUCUGGCUGACAAGUACACAUUGUCCCACAAUAUUUUUAUCAGAAGCUCAUCUGUUCUGUUGUAUACUGUUUAAACGUUUCAAUUCCUUGCGAUAUACUCUUUUAUCAAUGAGAAUUAGUGUCUCAGCAAUUACCAAAACACAGAUUUGUGGCAGACUGACAGUAUCUACCUUGAUUGUGCAAUAAUUAAAUGUAUUUUAAGUUAUAUUGAUUGUAAAGUUGCCACCGAUCCACUGUUACCUUUUAAGACUCUUCAGUUAUGGCUGGGCUCUGCUCAGCCCUGUCAGAAUUGCCCAAAUACAUCUCUCUCAAAACACCUAGAUCCUUCUGACAGUCACGGGGUGUUUAUAAAAGUCAAACUGUUCAGAAAUUAUAAAUCAGCCAUUUGAGAUUCACUCUUAUGUUUUACAAUGUCAUCUGAGCUUUCUUUUUAGGUCACUGCCUUAAAAUAUUAACCCUUUGGGCACAGGGUUUGACAUUUUUAAGAUUUGAACAUUUUAUGCACUCGAUACAUAUUGACUGUGACAUUCGGGGGCAGGGGAUUUAGUGACAUGAUCAUUUCACUUAAGCCAUUUCAGAGGUCCCCAGACUUCCAUUCGUUUUCCCUUUAACCUCACAAGCAACCAGAAAGAACUCCCAGCACUGCUUCAACAAACUCCCAUUCUAUCACCAGGAUUCCUACUUGGUCCAGAUAACAUACAAACUGCUCACAUCUGGACUAAAAUGGACAAUGGUGCUUCCACCCAACUGCUCUGUUACCCAGUAUUCUUAUCCAACAACACACCUGUAUAAAGCCUUAUUGACAAAGGGAGUGAAUAGUGCCAACCCAACCCAGUUACAGGGAGUUAAUGCAGAAACAACUGGCGAGAGGGCUGCAGGAGCCAGUCAGCUGCCCGGUUUCUGUGUUUGCAAUCUCUAGUUUAUGAUGUUAGUCAGGGCUGUGAACAGCUCAUGUAUUGAUUUAAAUUCCCUCCAGAGUGGGGAGCUGAGGAACACCUCACUGCUGAGAAGCAAUGGAUGUCACAGAGUGGCUUAAAUUGGCUGUAUAUAAUAAAGAGCUUGAAUUUUUUUUCUAUAUUGAAAAGGUUUCAUAUCAGUAUAGAUGAUUUGUAACUGAAAUACAGUUUACUGUUUAAUUUGUAUAUGAAGAGAGAUACAUAAUACAAAUGCUUAUUUUUUAGUAAAAAUGCUGCUGCCUUUUUAUAGUCUUGUCUUGUACUGAGCUUGAAAAGCUCCUUAAACAGAUAUUUCUAUGAAGUGUGUCUGUUCCAGAGCCACUGUAAUAAUAAAGCCGAAUGUGGACAGGAAA